CUGUUCUCUCGUAUGGUAGCUGAUGAUAACAUGUGUACAUGUAUUAUUAUGUGACAUGUGUUUUUAUGAAUAGUGUGGAUAUCAUGUUUAUUCGAUAGAUCCAUUGCAAAAAAAUAACAACUAUAUCUAAUACGUGAAAAGUAGCAAGUGUAUCUGAUACGUUACUUUAUUGACUUCAGUCUUAAAGGAACGUACAACGAUAAAUAUAUAUGUAUAUAUUAAAAUGUUGCAAAACGUUUUGAAAUCAAAGUUCGGUUAUGACAAUUUUAAAAAUGACAUUCAAAAACAAGCCAUUACUGCCAUUCAUAAAGGAAAGCAAGAUGUAUUCGUAUGUAUGCCAACUGGUUCUGGAAAGUCUCUCUGUUUUCAGUUACCUGCGAUAAUGAAAGAACAGAAAGUUGCGAUUGUCUUUUCACCACUUUUAGCUUUGAUGAAGAAUCAAAUAGACUUCUUAGUGUCUAAAAAAAUAAAUGCUUAUUCCUUGAACUCUACUACAUCAAGCAAAGAAAGAAAUACAAUCAUGGAAGAUCUUAUGUCAAAUUCACUUAAAAUAAAAUUGUUAUAUGUUACUCCAGAAAUGGGAGCGCAACAACAUUUUCAGGAAACUGUAAUUAAAUUGAACAAAAAGAAAGCACUUUCUUAUUUUGUUAUUGAUGAAGCUCAUUGUUUAAGUGAAUGGGGUCAUGAUUUUAGACCAACUUAUAGACAAUUGGGAGUAUUCAAGAAAUUGUGCCCCAAAAUACCUAUGAUUGCAUUAACAGCAACUGCUGCAAAACAAGUAAAGGACGAUAUUCUCCAAAGUUUGCAUAUGGAAGAUGCAUUGAUAUUCUCUCAGCCAGUAUUUCGUCCCAAUCUAUAUUAUGAUGUAUGGUUCUUAGAAACAUUAGACAAACCAUUUGAACAUCUAAAAAACUUUAUUUCAGAUGCAUUAGGACCUUCAGAUAAUUCUAUUCCUAUGCACAAAAGGAAUUGUGGUAUCAUUUAUUGUAGAAAAAAGGAGACAACUGAAAUUGUUGCACAUAAAUUGACUCUUGCUGGAAUUACAACACUGGCAUAUCAUGGGAGCUUAAAAGCUCAGGAACGUAAUGAAGUGCAAAAUAAAUGGACAACAGGUGAAGUAUCUGUCAUCACAGCAACAUGCAGCUUUGGAAUGGGUGUUGAUAAAGGAUCUGUUAGAUUUGUGAUUCAUUGGACAAUACCUAAAAAUAUUGCAGCUUAUUAUCAAGAAUCAGGAAGGGCUGGCAGAGAUGGCAACCCUGCAUUUUGCAGGAUUUAUUUUAGCAAUGAAGAAUAUAGACCUAUUUCAUUUCUUAUCAAGGAAGAAAUUACGCAUAUUACACAUAAGAAUUCAGAACUUGCAAAAAUUAAAUGGCAAGAUUUUGAAAAAAGUGUUGCAUAUUGUUUAGAGACAAAAUGCCGGCACGCAGUAUUUUCCAAGUAUUUCGGAGAUUCUCCUCCGCUUUGCAGAAACAGAUGUGACAUAUGUAAAAACAAAGACGAAGUGCGAGCGAGAAUUGCUCAAUUUGAAAUGUAUCAGAGUACAGCUAAAAAAUUCCGAAGUAAUGUAGGCAGCGCAACGCAAAUAAACUACGACGACCACGAAAUUGAUGAAUUUGAUGAGCCGGAAGAAUCAAGAGAGAAAAUUAUAGCAGCUGAAAAGCGAGAAAGAAGAGAACUUAUUAUGGAACAAUUUGCACUUAGACGCAGUGCAUCUAAAGAGGACAAAAUAAAGCAACAAAACAUCGAAUACGCGAAAGUAGCACAUGUCCGUGCAGCUGACAGUACAGAUAAAAAAAUUAAAGGUUUAACUGUUCAAGUGCGGGAACACUUUUACAAUGAAUUGAAAGUAGCAUUAUUUGAGAAUUAUCAACAUUCUUCAAAAGAUAACAAACAACUUUCAGAGAAGGAUAUACAUGAUAUAGCUAAUAACAUAGAAUAUAAAAUAUUUUCCAGUACUAAGGUACCAAAUAAGUACAAAUUUGAUAUAUCUAAAUUGAUUUCAUCGAUACGAAAAUGUACUAAUGAUAAUACUAUUUAUGAAACAAUAUAUGAUUAUAAUGAAACAGAAUGUCAUGACAUAGAACUUAACAAUUCUAAUAAUAUUGAUACAUUUAAUAGCAAAGAAUUUAAUAUAACUAAAACCGAAUUUGUCAAACCGAGUCUGUCAAACGAAUGUAGUAAACCGAUUUUUCCUUCGACGUUUAAAACUGCAUUAGAGAUUUUAAAUGAAGAAAAGCCACAGGCAUUCACAUCAGACAAAAAUAAAAAGACUCAAUCGAAAAAAUUAUAUGUUAAAAAUAUCAAAAUAAAUCAAAUUAAUAAUGAAACAUCUAUUAUUGAUUCCAAUAUUACACAAAAAAAUGAAACACCAUUUGAAAUGUCAAAUGAUUUUGUCUGUGCGCGAAAAAUUUAUGAUGACAGCACAUCAAUAGUUAGUACAAGUUCUUCUAAACCAAAAUCGAAUACAAGUUUCUCUAAAUCAAAAGUUCGCAGAAGUAAAAUAGAUAAAGGUGUAAAAAAAACAGAUAAAACAGUUUAUGAACAAAUUUUAGCAUCAGCACGAUCAGUAACAAAGAAAACCAUAAAUGAAACAGGAGAUAUUUCUGUUGAAAUAAAACCAAAAGUUGACAAUGUUAUUGAUCAUAUUAAAAACAAGAAUGAAAUUAAGAAUAGAAAUAAAAGUAAAAGAGAUUACAAAGUUAUUGAACAUCAUGAGGAUGAUAUAAAACCUGCUAAAAAAAAAAGAAUUGUACAUAGUGACUGCAAUGAUGAAACUAUUAAUUAUAAAUCUAAUAUCGAUGAAAAAAUUGAUAAAAAGAUUAUAGAAAAUGAGAUUGACACAGAAGUGGUUAAGAAUAGAGAUGCAAAUACAGAUACUAAUAUUAAUACUAUAAACGAUGAUUUAUUGAUGACCGAAAAAAAUAAAACGAGAAAGCAUUUAGAAAAGGAAAUUAAUAUAGAAUUAAAAAGAAAAGAAAAAACUGCUCACUUAAAACAGCACGAAAAAGACAAAAGUAAUAAUAGACUAAAAGUACCUGCAGAUAAAGUUAUACAAUUUAAAACUGCAGAAAUUUUAAAAUCAUAUUUGAUGAAAUAUUAUCCAUCAGAACGUCUUCCAGACAGAGCAACAUUCUCAAAAACUUGCAGAGAAAUGCAUUACAGUAUGUUAAAAAAGAAAAUAUUUGAUAAAGAAGGAAUACAUAAUUUCGUUGUAAGUUUUAUGAGUCAAUCUUGAAAUAUUUUUUAUUUUAUAUGUAACGUAUUUAUAUUUAUUGUUAGGCAAGUGACAUAAGAGUAAUGCUGUUUUUGAAAUAAAUACAUGAUUCUUUCUAUUUCGUAA